UUCCUGGAAUGGAUGGCGGUGCUUUAACUGAUACAAGUCUCACAGAUUCCUAUUUCAGCACCAGCUUUGUUGGAGUCAAUGGAUUUGGAAGCCCCGUAGAAACAAAGUAUCCCUUGAUGCAGAGAAUGACUAAUAGUAGCAGCUCCCCAAGCCUUCUAAAUGACAGUGCCAAGCCAUAUGCAGGCCAUGAUCCUCUAACUUCACCUGCUUCAUCCUUGUUUAAUGACUUUGGUGCCCUCAACAUCUCCCAGAGAAGAAAGCCAAGGAAGUAUCGCCUGGGGAUGCUGGAAGAGAGGCUAGUUCCGAUGGGAUCAAAGGCUCGAAAAGCAAAGAACCCUAUUGGCUGCCUUGCUGACAGGUGUAAAUCAGGAGUACCCAUCAAUAUGGUUUGGUGGAACAGAGUCACAGAAAACAAUUUACAGACACCAAAUCCUACUGCAAGCGAGUUUAUUCCUAAGGGAGGAUCAACCUCCAGGCUGAGUAACGUGUCCCAGUCAAAUAUGUCUGCCUUCUCUCAAGUUUUCUCUCACCCUUCCAUGGGAAGCCCUGCUACUGCUGGAUUAGCACCAGGAAUGUCAUUGUCUGCCGGAUCGUCCCCUCUUCAUUCCCCCAAGAUUACUCCACAUACCUCUCCUGCACCCAGAAGAAGAAGUCACACUCCAAAUCCAGCAAGUUACAUGGUGCCUUCUAGUGCCUCUACACCCGUUAAUAAUCCUGUUUCUCAGACUCCAUCUUCUGGUCAGGUGAUCCAAAAGGAAACUGUCGGUGGAACGACUUACUUCUAUACAGACACAACCCCAGCACCUUUGACUGGAAUGGUAUUCCCAAACUAUCAUAUUUAUCCUCCAACUGCACCUCACGUUGCUUAUAUGCAACCAAAAGCAAAUGCACCUUCUUUCUUCAUGGCUGAUGAACUCCGACAGGAACUGAUCAACAGACACUUAAUAACAAUGGCUCAAAUUGAUCAAGCAGAUAUGCCAGCAGUCCCAUCAGAAGUUGACAGCUACCAUAGCCUAUUCCCUCUAGAACCACUGCCACCCCCUAACCGGAUUCAGAAAUCAAGUAAUUUUGGAUAUAUUACAUCUUGCUACAAAGCUGUCAAUAGUAAAGAUGAUCUGCCAUAUUGCCUUCGGAGAAUACAUGGUUUUCGCCUUGUUAACACAAAGUGCAUGGUGUUGGUUGAUAUGUGGAAAAAAAUUCAGCAUUCAAAUAUUGUAACCUUGCGUGAAGUAUUCACCACCAAAGCAUUCACGGAGCCUUCUCUGGUGUUUGCAUAUGAUUUCCAUGCUGGAGGAGAAACUAUGAUGAGCAGACACUUUAAUGACCCUAAUGCUGAUGCCUAUUUCACCAAGAGAAAGUGGGGUCAACAUGAUGGUCCCUUACCCAGACAGCAUGCUGGAUUACUGCCAGAAUCUCUUAUUUGGGCGUACAUUGUCCAACUAAGUUCUGCAUUGCGUACCAUUCAUACAGCAGGUUUGGCAUGUCGAGUUAUGGACCCAACAAAGAUUCUGAUAACUGGCAAAACGAGGUUGCGGGUAAAUUGUGUUGGAGUUUUUGAUGUUUUAACAUUUGAUAACAGUCAAAAUAAUAAUCCAUUGGCAUUAAUGGCUCAGUACCAGCAAGCAGAUCUGAUAUCAUUAGGAAAAGUUGUGUUGGCUUUGGCUUGCAACUCUUUGGCAGGAAUUCAGCGAGAGAAUUUACAGAAAGCCAUGGAACUGGUGACAAUCAACUAUUCCUCUGACCUGAAGAAUCUGAUUUUGUAUUUGUUGACUGACCAAAACAGGAUGCGAAGUGUAAAUGACAUCAUGCCCAUGAUUGGUGCUCGAUUUUAUACUCAGUUGGAUGCUGCUCAAAUGAGAAAUGAUGUCAUAGAGGAAGAUCUUGCAAAGGAGGUUCAAAAUGGAAGACUGUUUAGGCUUCUAGCAAAAUUGGGAACAAUCAAUGAGAGGCCGGAGUUUCAGAAGGAUCCUACUUGGUCUGAGACUGGAGACCGGUAUCUGCUGAAACUCUUUAGGGAUCAUCUUUUUCAUCAGGUGACAGAAGCCGGUGCUCCCUGGAUUGACCUCAGUCAUAUCAUUUCUUGUCUUAACAAGCUAGAUGCUGGUGUGCCAGAAAAAAUAAGCCUGAUUUCCAGAGAUGAGAAGAGUGUACUUGUGGUGACUUACAGUGACUUAAAGCGCUGCUUUGAAAAUACUUUUCAAGAACUGAUUGCAGCUGCAAAUGGUCAGUUGUAGUAUUUACUUAAAAAAGGAAAAAAAAUGUAAAAAGCACGCAGGACAUGGCCGAGGAGCUUCACCAGUAGCAAAUUGCACUACAGCUGAACUGUUUUCAUCAUCUCAUUUCACAUUUGGGAAACAAACAGGAGAUGAGCAAAGCUGCUUGCACUUCAGUCAGGUACACUGUUACUUGAAAGAAGAAUGUUUCCUUGUCCAAGAGCUAUGGCUGCCAUUGGAGGCGUUAUCUGUGAAGAAUUUAUUUUAGAUUAAGGAGCACCAUCAGGUGAAUGAUGUUCCUGCUUUUGUUUUUUCCACUUGUAUAUGCACUAAUUUUAAUUUUUUAAAGACUUUUUUUCUGAUCUUUGAACUUUUACCACAUUGUAUACUCAUUAAGGGAAACUAUUUGCAAGGACAUCUUUGGGAAACAAUGCUGGGCAGCAUUUUUGCCAUUGAGGGUUACAGAAUUUGCUCUUUUUGGGAUGGGUUGCCCCGAAUAUCAUAAUGGACCAGGUAAAUAAUUUCAUAGAAGUGCAGUAUAGUGCAUAAUUCUUGUAAGAGUAUUGUAAGCAAGCUCUGAGUGCCACCCACUGUUCAAAUUGAGAUUUUUGUUUUGUUUUUAAGAACAUACAAAAAGAAAUAUUAGUGAAUUGUUAGCUAUGAUUUCCCUAUUAGUUGAGUUAAAUUCUUUCUGAAGAAGGAUUGGAUAAACAGUAACCGAAGGAGCACAUGUGACGCUGCUCCAAAUUCAGCCAGUCUUUUUUUUUUUUUUUCUUUUAAGCUGUUUGCCUGCUAGUCAGAUACAUUUACACUUUAUGCAAUUUUUUAUAUAGAUUUAAGAGUUAAGAAAUUGUGUUAAAGGCCUGAAGUUCAGGAGUGUAUUACUUUAAGUUCUUUCCCAUUUUGUUGGGUUUUCGUUUUUGUAUAAAAGUUCUGCUCUUUGAACCACAGCUUUAUUAUGGUCCUUUACACUGGAUACAGACACAGAGACACUGUUCAGAAGAUGAACUAAACACAGCAGUGGUCUGGCAUCAAGAGCUUUCUGUCAUUUUACAGCCUGAAUCUGGAGGGAUAAUGAUCUGCUGUGCCUUUGCAGUCACUGCUUAGCCCAAAGUAAUAGUACUUUUGAUAAUAACUUACUCUGUGGGAUACUCCUGAAUAAGUCCAUCUCAAAAGUUUGGAAUUUUCCUCCUCUUAACUUUCUUAAUAUUUGGACGUGCAGUUGUCGCCAAACUUGGGUAUUCAUGGAAUUUCUAGUUAACGAAAUACCUAUACUUUGAUACUGAAGACUGCCAAAUACAUAGGAAUUUUCUUUCUUUAAAAACAGUAAUGAAGACUGUAUCUCCUUUCCCAGCACUGAAUGUUUUACUAGCACUGGGUGCUCACCAUGCAACUAUGAAGAAAAUGUGGAAACUCAAAAGGUCAGGACAAAUUCCCAAGCACUUGCAACUGAUGUUACUGUCUUCAAUUUUAAUAAUUAUACAUAUUUGUAUAUUUCAGAGAAGUUUUUAAUAUUUCUCUGUCCACUUUUUAUAAGCUUUAAAAUGAUUUUCUCUGCCUUGAGAUUUGCAUCAAGAAAAAGCACCUCUCUUCACCUGAAAGCUUUGAAGACUAGAGACAUGCUUUACACGUUUUAACAAGUGUGUUAGAGUCCACGUUUGGUAGCAUCAGUUGUUGAGUUCAAAAGAAAAUCAAUUAUUGCAUUUGAUCUGGAUGGAUUUUUAAAAGAACAUUAUGUUCAAUAUUAAAAGGAUAAUUAACAUUUGCCACCAUAAUGUUCUUUUUUAUGUAAAAGGACAAGAAUUUUGAGACAUUAACAUGCAAAAGUCUUUUAUCAUUAGCUCAUGUAUUUGAGGAAGAGCAGCUGUCUUUUUAUAUGUUUUUUGACAAAUCAUAUUGUAAUUCUUUUGUAUAAAAAAGAACUACUUGUAUUCUAGAAGAAAUAUGAAAUGCUUAAUUUAUAAGCGGGCUGGAGACUUUUUCCAAUAUUGUUUUCUUUGAAAAUGAAAGGGGAUCAUCUAUUUUAGUUUUGGGGUCUGGGAACUUUUUGAAAAUUUAAUUUGUGGACCAAUGUUUUGUGAAAGCUAAGGAAGGGCAGGGGUAAAAUAGGGCUUGAAUUUCUCCUUCUGUAUAGACCAGCAAACUUCCCUCUGCAAGGCAAGUUUACAUCACAAACCCAGGAAUGUUUGCUCAUAAAUGCUAGUUUGCUUCA